AUGGGCGUAUGGUUGCUCUAUUGCUGCUUUUAUAGUGUGAUACGCCAUGAAGCCAUGAGAAAGGGCAAAAGGAAGCAACUUGGAAAUAAGAGUCGAGCUCAUCCGUUGAAGACGAAGGCAGAGCAUCAUAUCAUAUUUUCAUAUGAAUUAGAAGCUACAGGUCCUUCCAAAGAUAAGCAGCAAACUCCUGCUGAAAACUCGAGCAAGGAGUCUCCGAAGCGAGAAAACCGGAAACGGCGGCGAACAUCCCAUGAAGAUGAGGAAGACAGCUCCAGCUUGCAGUUCCAGAUUAUCGAAAUGCUUGAUCGAAACAAUAGAAUGCUCGCGACACAGCUCGAAUCGCAGAACAUAAACACCCAACUAGACAGAGAACAGAGGAAGGAUCAGGUGAAUGGCCUUCUUGGUGUUCUGAACAAGCUUGCUGAUGCUCUUGGUAGGAUAGCAGAUAAGUUAUAGUUGAUCAUGGGAGUCCAUUUGAAUGCUCCUGUACAUUUUUGUUUCUGCUCUUUCUCUGCCUUUGGAGUGAUUUGUUCCCUCUAUCUGAAUUUGGCAGACCAUGUCUUGGUUUUAGGUUCUAAGUUAUUGAAGAGUUACAGGAAAUAAUUCUCCAUAUUUAUAUAUAUAUAUAUAUAUAUAGCUAAUUGAAGCAUGGAGUUUUAGAUUUGAAUUUGUAAUCAGAUAUUCAAAUAAAAGUAUAUUAUUGAUUGGCUA